AACCUAGACAAUAUGAGAAUAUAAUAAAUUCAUAUUCCCUAUAUAACUUAUUCUAGUAUAUACUAAAUUCUCAAAUAAUAAUUAAUAUUUAUUUAAAAUGCAUUAUACUUAAAAUUAGCUUAAGCAUACUAUUAUAAAAUCAGUGUAAAAAUUAAUAAACAUGGAUGAGCUGGUUGCAGAAGUUUUAAAAUCAAACGUGGCUUAUGUGUUUGCAAACGGAGCAUUGAAUAAACAUUUUGCUAAUAAACAUCCUCAUGAGUUAUCUUUAGGCCACAAUCUACACAAAAUUCCAUCCAUAAAUUCUUACAAUCCAAAUGCUGUUUCUUCACUUUUUGCCGACUAUCCAUACAAAGCAAAUUUGCCUAUUCCUCUAAUUGUGUCAGAGAAUUUCGAUACUGCUCAUGCAAAUUACAUUGAAGAUCCUGCCUUAAAAAUUGUUAAAGAAAAAAGCCUGUGGUGCAAAAAUAAACAAAAAUUUCUUAAUGUUUGGAAAAGAGAUAAAGAACUAGCUAAAAAGUGUUCGAUCAAAGAUAAAGAUCCAAAGUGUGCAAAAUUUCUAGUUGAUUAUGCUGAAUUUAAUUUAUCAGACCCAGAUGUUAAUUUUAAUUCAACUUAUAAUUGGUAUUAUACUGAUGGAACUUUAAAUAUAAUAGAAGACAAUGGUAUAAAUAUACUAUUGCAUAAUUCAUCUAUUUUUGAUAACCAAAUAAGUGUAACUCCUAUUCAACGAUGUCCCACGGGGUAUGAAUAUCACAGUACGUUCAGGCCAAGCACAAAAAAAUUAAAACAUGCUGAACCAAUCUUUCAAAUUAAUUCUUGCAGAACUAAAGAAAACAUAAUACUUGGCGUUAGACAAAAAAAAACUUAUUCAUUAUUUAAUGUGAUAGCAGAUGAUAUAUAUUAUCAAAUCAAACGAAUGAAUGAUAUUACACAAACAGAAUCUCUUACAAGUUCAUGUAUUGAUAGUUUUAGUCAACAAAGUUUUGCAUUAGCUGAUGUUGACAGUGCUAUCACUGUGUAUGAUCUGAAUAUAAUGAAAGAACUUAAUGUUCUGAGUUUGGAGAGAGAGCAAGAUUUGCAAGAUAAAUGGUUAUCAGUAAAGUAUUUUGAAAGUAAUAUAGUAUUUGCAGUAAACAGAAAUAAUAUUUAUUCUGUAGAUUUGAGGGCAGAUGAAAAUCAAAUAUGUAUUUACAAACCAGAAAAAGACAAAUGUGAAGAGAUGUCUGUUUUCAAAUUUAGCGCAUUUCACAAAAAUCUCCUUUAUGUAGCAGGAAAUCAUAAUUUAUUUUCUUAUGAUGUGAGAAUGUUCAAUCAGAUUCAACCUCUGCAAAGGUGGACCCAUGGUAUGAAAUCAACACCGCAUUUGAUGGAUGUUGGAAUUCAUGAUAAUAAGGAAAUAAUCAUUUUGGCUAGUCCUCUACAUGAUGAAUUAAGAUUGAUAGUCAAUACUCAUAAUGAAAAUGAUGACAAAAAAUGUUUAAAUGACAUAUUAGCUCAAUCUUUUCACUUACCUUGGAAGCCACCAACAGUUGCUGAUUCUUUAAUAUCAAGCCAGCUACAGGGUAAAAUGUUAAAACCUGACAAAUAUUUAUCAAAACGAAUCAAAUCUUGCAAUGCAGGUUUAGCUUUGAUACCAAAUAAUACAUCUCUUCAUAUAAUAUGGCAAAAUUCCUUCACAGAUAUAUUUCAACAACAAAUUCGACCAAACUUUGAGGCAUUUUGCAAUGAAUAUGCACAUAGUUCACUUUCUAAUUGGUCUCUUUUAAAAUCCAAAACUGCACCACCAUUGUUUGCCACAAACAUAAUAAACAUGAAACCAGUAUUUAAUCUUUUGAAAGCUGAUAUACAGGAGAUGCCAAAAACUAAAAAAACCCAAAAUGAAAAAUGGAGAAGACCUCUUGAUAAGCUCACUAAGUAUAAAGAUGUUCUUGCACAAGAUAUUUUAGCACCAUGGAAUUUAGUGUCAGGGCCAAUUGAUAAUAUUCCAUCACAAUUAGAAACAAGUGAAGCUUCAACAAAGGAGAAGGUUUCGGCUUGGCUGGAAAAUUCCUCUGUAGCAGAAAGUAACUUGAGUGAACAUGUAUACGACAAAAAUAUUUCACAAAUUACUUCAUUUACUAAUUUCAUGUCUCAACCAAUAUUACCGAAUCAUAAUGCACAACCAUUAAUUACUAGUUCUCAACCUGUUGCAAAAGCUAAGAUGACUACAUUAAGAAAAAGAAAAUAUGAAGGUUUUUAAUAUGAGUUGAGUGCAUUUAUAUAUUGUAAAUAGUAAUUUAAU